AUGGACGCUCUAUCGGAAAUCAGCGGUUCUUCUAUGGCAAUCGCGUCCGCCCUCUCCGUGGCGGCGGGGGCCUACCUCAAUGCAAAGUGGUCUAUUUCUACAGAUCUUUCGGCCAUUCGUCAAGAUCGCUCCUUUGGACAACGUUUGGGUCAGCGCAUCGCCCAAUUAGGCGACACAGCUACAGUAUACAAGAUGCUGGAGCGGUUAGUUGACGUGGAUGGCCAGGGGUCUUCGGAGGCGCUCUGGUUUGAACACAAGACCUGGACGUACUCUCAGUUAAAGGAUCUUGUGGAUCGCUUUGCUGCUCUUCUCCAUGAAAGAGGGAUCAAGUCCGGGGAUUUUGUCGGUGUCUUCACCACCAAUUCCCCAGAGAUGGUGGUGACCAUAUACGCACUCUCCAAGCUCGGAGCUGUUGCUGCACUCAUUAAUACAAAUCUGCGCGAUGACACUUUCAUUCACUGUCUCAAGGUGUCGGGCUCUAUAUUUAUCAUCUCGACUCCUGAUUUGUCACAAUUCGUGUCUAGUGAUCUGCCCCAUAUCACAAUGAACAUAUCCUCUUUCCAUGGCGUUUCCACGGGCACGACAGAACUUGUGACGGAUGCAGACCUACAACGGUUUUCACCUGUCGGGCUGGCCGCUGCGAAGAGAUCACCCGGCGAUCUAAACGUGUUGAUCUACACGUCCGGCACGACAGGCAAGCCUAAAGCAUGCGCGAUUCGCAACAUGCAAGCCAUCGUGACCUCCAACCCCCUGACCGUCGACAUCAACAAUCGCUCGAAAUACUACCCCCUUCGCACCUACUCAUCGCUCCCUCUCUUCCACGGCACCGCUUAUUUCACCGGCAUCUGCUACGCCGUCGGCAACGCCGGCACAUUAUGUCUACGCCGCAAAUUCUCGGCAUCCCAGUUCUGGAAAGAUGUCCACGACUCCAGAGCCACGCGCAUCCUCUACAUCGGCGAACUCUGCCGCUACCUCCUGUCCACGCCGCCCUCACCCUACGAUAAAGACCACUCCUGCAUCGUCGCGAAUGGAAACGGACUCCGCGAAGAAAUCUGGGACCGCUUCCGCCAACGCUUCGGAGUCCCCGAGAUCCGCGAAUUCUACCGCUCCACCGAGGGGGUCGCCAAAUUCGACAAUUUCGGCGAAGGCGCCUGGGGCGUGGGGAAGAUCGGCUUCGCGGGGCCCCUCCGCCGCCUCCUCGACGACGACGUGUUCAUCGUCAAAUACGACACCGACACCGAAAUGCCGUACCGCGACCCGACGACGGGGUUCUGUGUUUGCGCCUCCCUCGGCGAAGAAGGCGAGGCCAUCGGCCGCGUGCGCAAUCGCCGUCUUCUCACCGAGUACCUUCACAACGAGGACGCCACCGAGAAGAAGCUGCUACGCGACGUGUUCAAGAAAGGCGACAUCUUCCAGCGCACGGGCGACCUCGUCGUCCAGGAUCAGUCGGGGUGGAUCAAGUUCCAGGACCGUGUGGGGGAUACUUUCCGCUGGAAGGGGGAGAAUGUCAGCGCGGGCGAGGUCAGAGACCAUAUCUGUCGGAUUCCGACGGUUCAUGACGCCGUUGUGUAUGGUGUGAAGCUGAAUGGAUAUGACGGCCAAGCCGGUGCAGCGGGCAUCACUCUGGAAGAAGCAUCUUCGGAGAACGGAUUCAUGACGAAUCUCUACCGCGAGCUCAAGAAGAAGGGCGUUCCAUCGUACGCGCUCCCUCGGCUUAUUCGUCUUACCGAGAAAGUCGCCACCGGCGUCACCUUCAAACAAGCCAAAGGCGACCUCGCGAAGAAAGGAUGGGACCCUAGUGCGGACUGGAAGGGCGAUAAACUAUACUGGUUGAAUGGGUCCAGAUACGAGAAACUAGAUGCGCCGAGUUGGUCGUCGAUAGAAACGGGGCAGGCUAAGUUAUGAUUGAUAGAUUUGGCUGGUUCGGAUCGGGUUGGGUUGCUGUUUGAUAGGCAUGAUUCCUUGCAUAUAUGUGCUGCUAGAUAUAAGAUAUAAAUACUAGACUAGGU